GGCGGGUAAAGGGGGAUGGGCAGGCAGCCCCAGCUGAGGGCCGGGCCGCUGUGCGCGCUGGGAGUUGUAGGCCGGGCACCGGGCUAGGGACGUGAGGCCCCGCGAGGCCUCCUCAUGAGCCGCCUCAGCUGCCUGCCCGGCUGCCGGUGAACCUCUCGGAAACCUUCUGACUCUGAUGAAGGCAGGAAGAAAAAACCCGCCCUUUUCACCUGGCUGCAUCAGAAUUGCCUGGCUGCAUACAACAACUCAGUAUUCAUCUUUACCGUAACCAACAAACAAAAAUUAUAAGCUGCAAAGCAUCUUCUCUAGAAAGAAAGAUAUCCUCGUUUUGGAUGAAUGUUCUCACAGUCUAAGAAAUUGAUUUUUGUGGAAAAAGAAAUUCACAAGUUUUUGGUUUUUUAAGAGGCAGAAAGGACUGGUAGAGCAAGCAUUUUGAAACUGAAGCUUAUACAGCUUGACAGCCCUUGGGCUUUUAUGGUAAACAUCCCCAUACAAACUGUAUUUUCCCUUUCAUAAGUUUGUUGUAUACAGUGAGCUAAUAGUGAGGUAUUUCUUCAUGUCAUGGCAUUCUUUUCUCAAACUAGUCGACAGAGUUUUCAGGCUUUACUGUGGAAAUAUUGUACAUUCUGGUCUGUUUCAAGAUGCCAAAAACUGUUUGCUGUCUCUUUCAACAUCCCCAAUAGGGAAAAGAUUACCUGUUUGAGUUUUGUAACAUCUUCCAGCACUGCGUUACCAGUCGAUCUCAGAGGAACUGAUGGCUUUCCUACCAAGAAAGGGUCUGAAAUUGAAUAUGAAGAAGAAAAAGGAUGGGAUGAGGAAACUAAAGAAAUAUCUGAAAGGCAAGUCCACUUUUCUUCUUCCGUUGGAGCUCCAAAGAAGCAGUUAAUGAGUCAACUUCUGUCAAGGCAUAAGUUUACCAACAUACAGCCUCCAGAAAAACCUUUGCAAGCUGAGGAAUGGAACAGACUGAAGGAUAGCUUUCGAACACCUGAAAUAUUUGAAGAAGUGAUGUUGAACAGCAUGGUCAAGUGCAACAGCCCCAUUGAUGUGGCUAAGUCCUUGCUGACCCAUGUAGCAAACAGUAAAGGUGACAUUGCAUAUAGUUUGUUGGUCAAAUAUCUGGCGUUGUGUGUCCAGCAGGGAAAAACUACAGAAAUUUGUGAUGUGUAUGAUAUAAUGAAAAUCAGAUUUAAGAUUUUAGAAAGUGGGGCUUAUACCCUUAUUAUCAGGGGACUGAGUAAUUCAGAUCAAUGGAGAAUGGCCUUGACUGUUUUGGAAGAAGUAAAAAAGGCGAUGAUUCCCUCACGGGCAAACUAUGAAUCCUGUGUCAUAGCAGCCAGCCGUCAUCAAGAAAUGAACCUUGCAUUUGAACUUUACCAUGAAAUGUUGGCUAAAGAUUUGGUCCCAACCUUGGAUAUCCUGCAGGCCUUUUUUGACUUCAGCAGGGGCAUGAAAGGUGCUGAGUUACAAAAAGAGCUGUUUGGUAUGCUCUUAUAUUUGAGAGACAACCAAAUAUACCCUCACAAAACAUUUAUGCAGAGUAUAAAGCAAUGGUUUGAAAGCAUACCAGGAGGGAAGUGGAGAGGACACCUGACCAACAUUAAAGACAGUGGACAGUGCCCGGUUUGCAACCAUCAGUUGGAGGAUAGUAACCUUACUGAAGAGGAUUAUAAUAAUCUCAGAGAAAGAAUAAUAAGGGACGUGAUACAUGGAACUGACACUUACAGGAAAACAAGCCCACAGGAAUUUGAAGCUUUUCAAACAUUUGUGGAAAAUCGACUUCCCUUUGAUAUUGUUAUUGAUGGACUCAAUGUUUCCCACAUAAACCCCAGAAAGAUACAGUGUGAAAAUCUAUUUGAUGCUAUAAACUGCCUGGCAAAACAGAAUGUCCGGUUGCUUGUGCUGGGCCGCAAGCACAUGCUGAGUAACUCUCCAAAUUGGAGAAGAGAGAUUAUGAAGGAGAUGCAGAGUAAGGCAGACUUCUUCUUUGCUGAAAAUAUCUCUGAAGAUGAUGCCUUCUUGUUAUAUGCAACUCUUCAGUCAGGGAAGCAUUGCAAGUUUGUUACUAGAGACUUCCUCCGGGAUCACAAGGCUUGUCUUUCCGACAGUGUGACACGUCAUCUGUUCCGUAAGUGGCAGCGUGGACACCAAAUAGUGGUUUUCCCUUCUGCAGGAGGAAGUCGUAUAAAUUUUUUGCCUGCUUUCCGUUAUGACUGUGUGGUACAGACUACAGGUGAUACGUGGCAUAUCCCCUAUAAAGACGUUUUUGAGGAAAAAUACUCAUUCCACGCACCAAGAAAAUGGCUCUGCGUUCAACAGAAAUGAUGAAGAAUGUUAACUGCACAAGCUGAAGUGGUGGGGGGUUUUAUUUUUAAUCACUGUUGCUGACUAGAACUCAGCAGUACAGUUACGGGAAUAAUGUGUGAGGUCUGUAACUAAAAAAAUUCAGUCACAGCAUUUUGUCAAAAUCAUUCCUGCAGUAAAUCUGUUGACAUCAGUGGUGGGCCAGCAGGGAUAAAUUAGGUCUAUUAUUUCCAUCUUUGCAGGCAAUUUCUGUAGCCUUUCAAUGUGACUGGAAUUAAAACUUGGUUUUUUCUCUUGGAA